AAGUCGAAAAGGCGAAAAGAAAAUCAAGGAGAGUGACGUUCCAUUUCAAGCAAAAUAAACGCAUCACACAUGUCUCUGCUCGUACCGUGGCAACGUGAGCUUCCUCCCAGGGUUUGCAUUUGCGUGGCGUAGAUAAUCGCAAACCCUUUCCUUUCUGUGUUGUAGCAUCCAUUUCUAAGCUAUCAGCUACUCUUUUCACUCUUUCUCUUCCACACAAUGAACAGAGUGAUAAAGAAGACUUUUUCAAAUGUCUGUGCACUCAAAAUUCCGAGGAAGUAUUUUUGUAAUGAGGUUGUGAAUGUUGCUGGUUCUACUAGUGGAGAGGCUCCCAAUGAGCAUGAGAAGCAGACUAUUAACAAAAUUAUUCCGCAAUAUGAUAUUGCUAUUGUUGGAGGAGGCAUGGUUGGCAUGGCUCUAGCUUGUUUCUUGGCAAGUAUGCCAAUGACAAAGCAGUUGAGUGUUGCAAUUAUUGAUAGCAAUCCGGCUCUGGGUAGGAGCUUACACAUCAAGAAGGAAGAUCCCCCUGAUCCAAGAGUCAGUACAGUAACUCCUGCUACUAUAUCUCUUCUCAAAGAUGCUGGUGCUUGGAAAUAUGUUGAGCAAAACAGACAUGCUUAUUUUAAUAAAAUGCAGGUCUGGGAUUAUACUGGUUUAGGGUACGCUAGAUACCAUGCAAGAGAUGUAGAUAAGGACUUUCUAGGGUGUGUGGCGGAGAAUAAAGUGCUCCAUAAUGCCUUAUUGUCAUGUGUAAAGGAUUCUGAUUUCAAGACAACAAUCUAUCCGUUGAGGUUAACUUCAAUGAUUUUGAAUACAAGCUCUAUGUCUAUGGUGGAGGAGAAUAUGGCAUCCAAACAACCAUCAUCUGCUCAAGGUCAUAGUGCUAAGCUGCAACUUAGUGAUGGCAGUAGCAUAUAUGCAAAGUUGGUGGUUGGAGCUGAUGGAGGAAAAUCACAUGUUAGGGAAUUAGCGGGAUUCAAAACAACUGGAUGGAAUUACUCUCAGAAUGCAAUAAUCUGCACAGUAGAACAUAAUUCUGAAAAUGAAUCUGCAUGGCAACGGUUUCUACCUACAGGUCCAAUUGCUCUUCUACCCAUGGGUGACAAGUUUAGCAAUAUUGUUUGGACCAUGAGCUCAACAGAGUCAAACAACCGCAAAUCAAUUACCGAGGAAGAAUUUUUAAAGGAAGUGAAUUCUGCUCUAGAUUAUGGAUAUGGACCUCACCCUAUGUCAAGCUUAUUAGGAACUCGAGACAUGUUCUCUUGGUUUAAAAUGGAUGCAACAAUAUCAGCAAAUGAAUUCUUUGAAAUUCCUCCAAAAGUAACAAGGUUGGCAUCUGAAAGGAUGGUGUUUCCUUUGUCUUUAAGGCAUGCAAAUUCCUAUGCAUCAAAACGCGUGGUUCUUAUUGGAGAUGCAGCCCACACUGUCCAUCCUCUUGCUGGUCAAGGAGUUAAUUUGGGUUUUGGAGAUGCAUUUUCUCUUUCAAGAAUUAUUGCAGAGAGGAUUGCUUUGGGCACUGAUAUUGGAGAGGUAAAUUUGUUGAAGAAAUAUGAAGCAGAAAGGAAACCUGCAAAUAUUAUGAUGAUGGCGAUCCUUGAUGGCUUCCAAAAAGCCUAUUCUAUUGAUUUCGGACCUUUCAAUCUUCUGCGUGCUGCAGCCUUCCAUGGGGCAAACUAUAUAUCACCACUCAAAAGAAGUAUCAUUUCGUAUGCUUCCGGGGAUCAUAAACUGCCCAUUUUCUCGUGAGCAGAGAAAUGUAGUGUAGGUAAAGCCCUUGACUGACAGCAUCUUGCACACGGCCAAUCCUUUCCUUUAUUACUGGCAAACGUGGAUUAAAAUGUGUUUUAGCCAAUGCUUCAACACCUCCAAAGUUUUCCUUUUUAUUUUAUUUUAUUUAUAGGAUUGAGGAUGAAAUGAAAUGAGUCAGCUGCCAUGUCUGUCAUUCUCUUUACCCUUCCAAAGUUUUUCAUUUUUUACGAGCUUUACCCUGAAAAAAGUUAUGCGCAGCAAUGGGUGAAAGUGGGUUGGUGUUGCUUCUUACUCUCUCUUACAUGCUGUGGUGAUUUUACUUUCAAUGAGGAUUGUGGGCAUUUUUUCUUCAGGGAGUGGUUUAACGAAAGCAAACGGAAGUGCACAUCAAAUCCUCUUUU